AUGGCCGACCACCACAAAUCACAAGACAAUAUGUCGAAUCGAGCAAGCUAUCGCACAAUCAAUCGUAUGCGCAGAAUCAAUGGCGACACCCAAAUGUCGACUUCUCUUAGCCCGGAAGCUGUCACAACGAACGAGGAGCUUGCGAGAAGGACUACUGCCUCACGACGGCGGUCUUCCUAUCGACGCUCUGUCCAACCUACCGCCUACGACCGCCUGAGCACAAUCAGCGCAACAACAGGACUGUCUGGCAGUGCAUAUCUGUUUGACUAUGAGGCGAACCCAGAGGUCACCUCAAAUGAAGAUGCUUCGUACCACACGGCUAUGGCUGCUAGAGCGCUGACAUCCAACGAACGUCCUACGAAUGACGGUUAUGAACUGGAGAUGUCCAGAACGCGGGGUGACCAGCAAGAACAGUGGGCUAAAGCUGAUGCGUACGAAGCUGAAGAAGCUGGCGUGCAAGGGCUUGUAAGACGUACACCGUCAGCUCGACACAAACAAAUGAUGGGUCGUUCUGCCUCGUCCAUCCGCAGCAGACUAUCCCGAGUGCCGUCACACCCAAAAGCUCGCAUACCAUUGAGACGACAGAAUACGACAGACGGACGAGUCAUCUGCGCACUGCCAUCCCUCCCAGAUGCGCUGAAGUCAGGCACAGUCUCACCAGAACCAGAUGCCAGCUCUCCAGACCUCGAGAAAGGCGCUCCGUUAUCGCCGCAACCACCCUUUGUCUUUCCAGCGCCUCCUGGGCCUCCAGGAGCUGGAGCGGACCCGAAUCUUGUACUUUGGGAUGGUCCGAACGAUCCUGGCAAUCCUAUGAACUGGAGUCGAGGAAAGAAAUGGAUGACGACUUUUGUGCUCGGUUUCGUGACGUUCACUGUAACGUUUGCGUCUAGCGUCUUCAGUCCCGGUACACAUCAAGCUGCGCAGGACUUCAAUGUUUCGGACGAAGUCAUGAUAUUGUCUACUUCUUUGUUUGUGCUUGGAUUUGCAUUUGGACCGAUAAUAUGGGGUCCAGCCAGCGAGCUCUACGGCCGCAAAUGGCCCAUGUUCAUCGGUGUAGCCAUCUUCGGCAUCUUUCAAAUUCCAGUCGCUGUAGCUCAAAAUGUCUACACGAUCUUCAUCUGUCGUUUCAUGGCAGGCUUCUUCGGCUGUGCGCCUUUAACCAUUAUCGGAGGUACUUUCGCGGAUUUCUGGGCACCUGUUGAUCGAGGAGUAGCUGUGAGCAUCUUCAGCAUCGCAACAUUCUUGGGACCAACAGGCGGACCAAUCGUUGGAGGCUAUCUGACAGAGACUACUGGUUUCGGCUGGAGAUGGACUGCCUGGGUCACACUGAUCGCUGUAUUCUCCUUUGGCACAAUCGGCUGGGCUGUCGUGGACGAGUCAUUCGGUCCGGUGUUGCUGCAGCGGAGAGCGAGAGCCUUACGAUUCGCUACGAAGAACUGGGCGAUACAUGCGCCUGCCGACGAGAUCGAGAUCAAUAUGAACGCCAUCGCCAACAAAUACCUCACCAAACCUGUGAUGAUGCUCGUGUACGAGCCAAUAUUGCUGCUUAUUACGCUCUACACUUCAUUCAUCUACGAUCUCUUCUUCGUCUCGUUCCCAAUAUCCUAUGUUCAGGAACGGCACUGGAGCCUUGGCCUCAGCGGUUUGCCCUUCCUCGGCGUCAUGGUAGGCGUAUGUAUGGGUGGCUUGGUCAACUUUGCUUUCGUCAAGACGCGCUAUGUUCGGAUCCUCAAGCAGAAGGGCUCGGUACCGCCGGAAGAAAGACUGGUGCCAAUGAUGGUUGGCGCAGUUGCCUUACCGAUAGGCUUGUUCGUCUUUGGCUGGACCUCGUCACCAGAUCUCACACCGAUACCUCAGAUUAUUUCUGGAGCACCUGUGGGACUCGGCAUUGUGCUCAUCUUCUUGCAAGGCAUCAAUUAUAUUGUGGACGUCUAUAUGAUGUUUGCCAAUAGUGCCAUUGCGGGCAACACCAUCAUUCGCUCUCUGUUCGGCGCAGCCUUUCCUUUGUUCGCAUCAUAUAUGUAUCAGGGCUUGGGCGUGGCGUGGGCAACUUCCGUUCUAGGCUUUGUUGCUGUGGCCCUGAUACCAGUACCCAUGCUUUUCUUCGUCUAUGGUGCACGGAUCAGGAAGUUGAGCAGGUUCACGCCAAAGUUUGGUCCAGGUAUGGGCCCGCCUGGUGGUGGGCCUCCUGGCAUGGGUAGGCCGCCUGGGGUUGGAGGACCACCUGGGAUGGGGCCGCCACCAGGAUUGGGAAUGCCAAUGGGAGCAGGACCUCCCGGUCGAUGA